UGGUCGGAGUGUGGAUGUACAAAAUGUGGACUGUCUUUUUGGUGGCCCUAGUAGUGACUGUGGGCAGAGCUGAACGUGACUACUUCCUAAUGACCAACGCUUCCAGCUGGGUCGCCGCUCGGCAGGACUGCCAGGUGUGCUACGGGGAGCUGGCUACCGUCACUCCUGAGAGCGCACGCCACCUGCUGGAGAAACUGCAAAACAACAGCCGAGUGGCGGCAGCCUGGGUGGGUUUGCGUAGGAUAGUCGAUGGGAGUGCGGUGGUGCCGUCGCCGCCCAACACCACCCGAAACCAGUCGCAGUGGUUCGACGGAACCGCCCCCUGGUUCCUGCCCGGCAGCCGGCCCGGCGACCCGUGGUUCAGCUAUGUGGAGGGACGGCUCCCAUGGUCUCGCUGGUCCAACGGCGACCCUGUCACGUUCCACAACUGGUACCCGGGCCGACCCAUUCCAAAGCCCGUGCUAGAACCUGAAAAGUGCAAUCCCGACGGUGGGUUGGACGAUCCUGACACCACGACUCCCACGCCACCCAUGACAACUGCCAGCGGUAGCACGGUGCGGAGCGGUGACACGUGUCCCCAACUAGAGACACUGCUGCAGUGUGUAGACGACCCGACUGCUAGGGAUGCUCUGAGCAGAUACGUUCGCAACCAGACUUCCACAGUGGACCCAAGCGAAGCUGUUACCGCCCCGGGCAUCAAUACCAAUCCGACCAUCAGUGCCGAUCCGACUACCGACCCAACAACGGACUCCUCAACUCCCUGGACCCUGCCGACCAGGCCUCUCUGCCCCAGCGACCCUAUCGAAGAAGGCCUCAAUGAGUUUGUGGAGGAUGCCUGCUUGGUGCUGCUGGGAGUUGGGUGGUGGUGGGAGAGGAACUGCUCAGAGGAGCUGCCGUACAUGUGUUACGAAGAGCGUUUCCAUGGUUUAGUGAAUGUCUCUGGCAUCACUUACACCAGUGCCAAUCUCAGCUGGCUGGAGGCACCUGGUCCAAUCUCUGGCUACCGGGUGGAGGUGAGCAGUGACUCUAACAGCUGGAAUGAGACGACCACUUCAGAACUGACCACAGAGCUGACAAACCUCACUGCUGGCACCCAGUACACGGUCCGAGUUUUCCCGAUCAAGUGCGGAAGAGAACUCCCUCCCCAGACAGCCUCUUUCUUCACCCAGCCUGGUGAAAUCCGGAAUUUAAGGGUUACUGACGUCCAAAACACUUCAGUCACCUGGUCUUGGGAUCGUCCAGCAGAGGGUCAAGUGGACUUUUAUUUUCUGUGCUUAAGUGGUUCUCCAUGCAGAAAAAUUAACCAAUCAGCACACCUCGACCAACCGAUAAACGGCACAAUCCCCGAUCUGAAACCAGGUUUGGAGUACACUGUUGAAGUCAGUGCUGAAGUGGCUGACAUGUCCAAGUCUGGUCCUAAGAAAGAGGGAAAAUUCUUCACUAAACCAAGCUUUGUAGCCAACCUGACAUUCAAUCACAUUCACGACAACACCACUGGAUUUGAGGUGAAAUGGAAGCCACCAAUUGAGGGCGAGGCCUCCACUUACCGUGUGGACAUAACAUAUGCUAAUGGUACUGCAGUUCCAUCUCCGGGGGAUAAAAACGGCCUCAUUGCUACCUCAUACCAGCAAUCCCUUUUGAACCCUGGCCACGAAUUCAUCGUCACAGUGUUUGCACAAGUCAACAACACAGUCCAGGAAGGAGAGCCAGUCACCAUCAGCGCCUACACAGUGCCUCAUCCAGUCACAAACUUGAAAUUGUCUGCAAAUGCACAGACCAUAACUGCUUCUUGGGAGCAACCAGACCAAGGAGGAUACCAGGAGUUUGCUCUGACGCUCUGGGAGCCAAGUGUAGGCAAGGUGCGCAAUGAAACGACGACAACUCUCCGUCAUGAAUUCCCUAAACUGAAAGCAGGCGCAGAAUACACAGUGGAGGUGUUUGUGAUUGGAGUCGGUAAACUCAUCAGUACAUCUACAUCUCGGCCCAUCUACACCUCCCCAAAUAAACCAAGGAAUUUGGAGGUCACUAACCAAAAUAAGACCUGCGUUUCUUUACAAUGGGAUGUUCCUGAGAAUUCCGACAAUGUGACAAUACGUUAUGACGUGUUCUACGAAGCCAAGUUUUGGCCAGACAACCACGGCAAGAACGACACCACUAGCACCACUCAUACCUGGUGCGGUUUGAGGCCUGGAUCAACCUACAACUUCAAUGUCAAUGUUUUCGCUGGGAAGAAACACAGUGCCAAUGAAACAAGACAGGGCAAGACAGAUCCGAACGUGAGGAAUGUCACGCUGUCAAUCCUGUGCAGCUCCGGUACAUCUGGGAAUUGUGAUGAGACGUCAUCGCUCUUAAAGCAGCUGAGGACGAAAUUGGUGGAGGAACUGGAAGGAGUCUACUUGGACUUGAAGAAAUGAUGCCUUUUGUGGAUAAUAGUAUGGUCC